UCAUCGGGUUAAUUCGGGCUGAUUCAUUGUAGACCUAUUGGGACGUUAGCUAGGUUAGCUACUAGCUAAGAGACUUUGAGAGGGCUGUUCACUUUAUUCAGAUAAACAGAGAUGGACCGGCUGCUGAGGCUCGGAGGAGGGAUGCCUGGAUUGGGACAGGGUCCUCCCACUGAUGCCCCUGCUGUGGACACAGCUGAACAAGUGUACAUCUCAUCUCUUGCCCUGCUUAAGAUGCUGAAGCAUGGGCGUGCGGGUGUACCCAUGGAGGUCAUGGGUCUAAUGCUGGGAGAGUUUGUGGACGACUACACCGUGCGUGUCAUCGACGUGUUCGCCAUGCCACAGUCCGGAACAGGUGUGAGUGUGGAGGCAGUGGAUCCUGUUUUUCAAGCAAAGAUGUUGGAUAUGUUGAAGCAGACUGGAAGGCCAGAGAUGGUGGUGGGCUGGUACCACAGUCACCCCGGCUUUGGCUGCUGGCUGUCAGGAGUGGACAUCAACACGCAGCAGAGCUUUGAGGCUCUGUCUGAGAGGGCCGUUGCAGUGGUGGUCGACCCCAUUCAGAGCGUGAAGGGAAAGGUUGUGAUUGAUGCCUUCAGACUGAUCAAUGCUAACAUGAUGGUGUUGGGGCAUGAACCACGACAGACCACGUCUAACCUGGGACAUCUGAACAAGCCCUCCAUCCAGGCGUUGAUCCAUGGCCUGAACAGACAUUACUACUCCAUUACUAUCAACUAUAGGAAGAAUGAGCUCGAACAAAAGAUGCUCUUAAAUCUCCAUAAGAAGAGUUGGAUGGAGGGCCUGACCUUGCAGGACUACAGUGAACACUGCAAGCUUAAUGAGACCAUCGUAAAGGAGAUGCUCGAACUGGCCAAGAACUACAACAAGGCAGUAGAAGAAGAAGACAAAAUGACUCCUGAACAGCUGGCCAUUAAGAAUGUUGGAAAACAGGAUCCCAAAAGGCAUUUGGAAGAGCAUGUGGAUGUACUGAUGACGUCCAACAUUGUGCAGUGCCUCGCCGCGAUGUUAGAUACGGUUGUGUUCCAGUAAUAGCUUUCGCUGUGCAUAAAUGUUCCUAUUCAGCAUCUGUUUUGUGUUUUUAAGAAAUAAAUCUAUAUAAAAAACAA